AUGAAUUGGAAUUGUGAGCAAAUGGUUCAGUCAACUUGGGCUGAAAUGUUAAGAGACGGUUUGGGACCUGAUCAGCGAUGUUAUACGAUCAUGAUCCAUGGGCGGUAUUCUUCUGUGAAUCUUCAGUUUAGUUUAGUACUACAGGUUUUCAUUUUGGUUACACUUAUGUCUAAUGUCUUCUAUGGUCUAGUUUCUCAUGUUCUGUCAACAUGUGUUAUAUCUUCUGCAGCUUUGAAAGAAGCUAUUGAUGAUCUGGAAUGGCCCGGAUCAAGUAUCAAACUAACAUUACAACCAACUCCUCCUUCGGUUGCGUUCGGAAGUGAAGGCCAUGGUGAUCUACAGAUAGACUUUAUGUAUUAUGCAAAUACUGAUCUUUUAGCAGCUUUGAGCUGUGAUCGUGAAGUGUCUCAUCGGUAUAAAUAUAAAUUCUUACAGGCAACAACUUCUAAUAUACCAAGUAGUGUCGUCAAAGAUAACCGUGGCAGCAAGGUUACGGUUGGGAGAGGCGGAAUAUUGAAAGUUCAGCAUCUGGUCUCCGUUGCAAGGCAAUCACACCCACACAUUGAUUCUGCUGGUUAUCAGCCUCCUAGCAGGAUAGCAUACAUUGAGUUCUUUGUCAAGCCAGAGGAGGUUGAAGACAAUUGAGUCCCAUUCAAGCCUUCAAAGGUGACUCCUCCCUCUUCAUCAUAAUGCUAAUGCAUGCAUCUUUAGACUUUUCUAGCUAAACUUAUCUUGUGCAGUUACGCUUCUUCAAUAUA